AAAAAAAGAAGAAAAUAAAUGAAAAAUCUCGAUAAUAGAAAAAAAAAUCAUUGUAUAAAGAAGGGUGAAGGAUGAAAAAAAAGCAGCAGAAUGUUAAGAGGAAUGACAAAAUGUUCCAUACAUAUAAGGGUUAGUAUUAACUUUAUUCGGUGUUCAAAGCAAUAAUUACUUAUGUGUAUAACGAAGUUACUUUAAAAGGACAUCUGCAAUUCAGCGCAAUCAACAACUCUUCAUAUUUAAAAAUGCCUUAUUUAUUUUAGUAUAAUGUCAAACUACAUAGAGGUCGAAUUAGAAAAAUAAAACGAGCAUGGAUUAUACAAGCUUGGGUUGCUGCGCGUUGGCCUUUGUUCUCUAUUUAAAUACCCUAAAUGCAGGAUUCGUCUACGAUGACAGGCGUGCAAUUUUGGGUAAUACAGAUGUAUCUGGAAAAACACCAUGGCAUCAAGCCUUUCAAAAUGAUUACUGGGGAACACCAUUAAGUGAUUCCGGUUCACAUGGUUCAUAUCGACCAUUAUGUGUCCUUAGUUUUAAAUUUAAUUAUCUUAUGGGAGGUUAUACACCAUGGGGUUAUCAUUUAAUAAAUAAUUUAAUGCAUUGCCUUGCAACUGGUUUAGUUGUUAAAUUAGCAAGACAUUUUUUAUCAUCAAAUUAUGGUGUAUGGAUAACUGGUACAUUAUUUGCUGCACAUCCAAUUCAUACUGAAACUGUUGCUGGUAUUGUUGGACGUGCUGAUUUAGCUGCAUGUAUAUUAUAUUUAUUAACAUAUUUAACAUUUUUAAAACAUUUAAUAUGGCGUGAACGUAAUGAUAGUAGACAAUGGUUUGCAUUAAGUUUAACAAUAAUAUUAGCUGUAUGUGCAUUAUUAUUUAAGGAGACAGCAAUAAGUGCAUUGAUGAUAUGUGCAAUAUUUGAUAUUGCUAGAGGAUGCUGUGGAUUCAAUGAUAAGAAUCGGUAUCGUACACUUAGUAUAAUAACAGCAUCUUUAGCAACUAUUGUCUAUAUUCGUUUAACUACAAUAUCAAAUGGACCACAAUAUUCAUUUUCAACAGCUGAUAAUCCAAUAGCUAAAACAAAUUCUGUAUGGACACGUUUCUUAACAUUUCUUUAUUUGCCAAUAUUUAAUUUCAAAUUAUUAUUAUAUCCGAAUAUAUUAAGUUUUGAUUGGGGUAUGGAUGCAAUACCCAAAAUUACAACAAUAUGGGAUUCCAGGAAUUUAUUUAGUUUAAGUUUUUAUACAAUAAUUGUAGUUAUAUUAUGGAAAUGUUUUCAAAAUUUAUUAGCGACAAUGGGAACAAAAAAUUUAGGAAAAAAUUCUAGUAAAAGUUUAAUUUUAAUGAAAAAAUCUUUAAUGUCAUCGUCAUCAACAAUAUCUUCAUCAUCUUCAACAUCUAUAUCAUCAUCAUCAUCAUCAUCAACAUCAGGUACAUUAUUAUUAUCAAAAACAUCGAAAUCAUCUUAUUACUGUAAUAAUAAUAAUAAGAAAUCAAAUAAAUAUUAUGGACAACAACAAUUACAAAGCCAACAUCAAAUAUUGUCUACAGAACAAAAAUCACCGGAAAUUAUGGUACUUAGACAGCAAAAUAAUCAUUAUAAUCAAAAUGUUAUUGAGCAUAACGAUCAACGAGAACAACAACAUCAAAAUCAUUACCAUCAAAAUCAAAUACAACAGAGAAAAUCAAGAAUAAAAAGAAAAUAUACAACACAAACAACAACAGCAACAGGAACAAAUAUCAUAAAUCAAAAUGUUAAUGUUUUAGCAUCAAUACCAAAUUCUUUACUGUUGUCAAAUACAAAAAUUGGUGGAACAGCAGAAACAACAGCCCCCAUAACAACCUUUCUAAAUCAUAAUAACAAUAAUAACAACAACAAUAAUAAUAACAAUAACAAUUGUAAUCGAAAUAAAAAUAUUGAUUUUUUAAUGUGCGGUACAUGUAAACAAGAUGUACGGCAUACAAACUUUUGUCGCCAAAUUAAUAAUAAUAAUAAUGUAAUGAUGCCGGUACUUAUAAAUUCAUUUACUAUUGGAAGUCAAAAGACUCCUCAUACAUCAUCAUUAAAUACAAAUACAACAACAUUUUAUUCCAAUGAAAUAACAUGUCGCUGUCAUUCUAGUUCAAAUUAUUUAGAGCAAAAGACCAACCAAGAAAUUGUACAAAAUUGUUUUCGUAAAAGUUGUACGCCAAUACCAUUAUCAGGCUCAUCAAAUGAAAAUAUAACAACAAAUAGAACAAUAAGAUCAAGAACAACACCAACAUCAACAAUUAAUAACAGUUUAGAAAAUGUAUCAUCUUCAGCUGUUUCUGUUGUUGCUGCAGCUGUAAGAUCAAAACUUGAUAAACAUCGUGAUGAUAUGAAUAAUAAUCCAUGUCGAUUAACACCACGUAGCAGUCGUAGCAGUAGUAGCUGUAGUAAUAGUACUACAAGUAGUAAUACAUCAAAUAGCAGUUGUAGUAGUACAAUUAGUUCAUGUAGCAGUUGUACUAGUUUUUUUAUAAAUGAUACAGAUAUUUUUAAUACAACAACAGCAUAUUUAUCAAAUUAUAUUAAAGCGUUAACAAAAUAUAUUAAUUUAACGCCAUCUAAUAGCUUACUAUUAGAAUCAAAAAUUUCACAACAAAAUAUCAAUAGUAUUAUAAUAAUAAUGUCAAUAGCUUUUUUAACGCUUCCAUUUCUACCAGCAACAAAUUUAUUUUUUUAUGUUGGUUUUGUUGUUGCUGAACGUCUUCUAUAUUUACCUAGUGUUGGUUAUUGUUUACUAGUUGGUUUUGGUGUUAGUAAACUAAUGGAAUUAAUUGUAGAUAAUUGUAGAAAGAAAUUAAUUGCUAUACUAUGUAUGGUAAUGGUAUUGAGUGCACUUAGUAUAAGAACAUGGAAUAGAAAUUAUGAUUGGCAUGAUGAAGAAAGUUUAUAUAGGAGUGCAAUAAGGGUUAAUCCACCAAAAGCUCUAGGAAAUUUAGGAAGUGUCCUUAGUUCACAGGGAAGAUAUGCUGAAGCUGAAGAAGUAUUGUUAGAAGCACUUAAACAUAGACCAAAUAUGGCUGAUGUACAUUUCAAUUUAGGAAUUUUAAAUCAAAAUCAACAGAAUUAUAAAAAAGCUAUAGAAAACUUCCAGAGAGCGAUACAAUUUCGCCCAAAUUUAGCAAUUGCCUAUUUGAAUCUUGGUGCAUCACUAAUAGCAUUGGGUAGAUGCCGAGAAGCAGCAUCAAUUCUAAAAGAUGGCACAAAAGUUGAUGGAACAGGUGUUCGUGAUCGAAUUCAGCAUGAAAGUGCACGAAUGUCAUCAUAUUUGCAAUUGGGUAGCCUCUAUGCUGAACAAGGAAAAUUACAACGUGCAUUAGCUGUUUAUCGUGAAGCUUUACAUUCAUUCCCAUAUAAUUUUCAACAUCAAGUAUUAUUACAACGUAUGGGUGAUAUAUUUGGAAGAUUACAACAAUGGAAUGAAGCUGAAAAACAUCAUCGUGCAGCACUCGAUAUUCAACCAGAUAAUGUUGCUGCACAUUUAUCAUAUGGAAUAACUUUAGCAAAAAAUAGUAGUAAGAUUUCCGAAGCAGAAUUGUGGUUUAAACGUGCUCUUAAAUUGGCACCUCAACAAUCAAGUGUAUACCAUCAUUUCGCUGAUUUCCUAGUUUCAACAUCUAGAUACGAAGAAGCUAUAUCGUAUAGGUUACAAGCAGUUCAAUUGACACCCAAUGAUUAUGCACUUACAGUAGCUGUAGCAACAACUUAUAGGUUAUUAGAUAAUAAAAUUGAAGCAGAAAAAUGGUAUAGGAAGGCUGUUAAUUUGAGACCAGAUGAUGCUCGAGCCCAUACAAAUUUAGGUGCAAUUUUACAUUUAUUAGGCCGUACACAUAAAGCAGCUGCCAGUUACAAAGAAGCUUUAAGACUGCAACCUGGUGAUCCAACAACAUUAGGAAAUCUUGCUAAAUUAGGUAUAAUAGAAGUGUAGAAUAAAAAAAAAAGAUAAUAAAAAUUUAGGUAAAUUUGGUGUAAAUUUUAUAUUAUGAUUGUAUUUUCGAAAGAACGAAAUUUCUCUUUACAAAAAAUAACACAAAAUAUUUUAUUUCUCAAAUUUUUUUUUUCUAAAUUAUUUUUGUUUACUCCCUUAAUA